GCCUGAGGCGGCCCCGGCCCCGCUCCCGACCCGGCCCUGCCGCCGCCUGCGGGCUCUGGGGCCCGGUAACGCCGCUCCGAGGCACCGGGGCCGCGCCGGGACAACGGGGAGCCGCCGAGGGUCGCCCAUACGCCGCUUCCCUCGGGCAGCAGCGGCCGAUGUGGGAAAGCUCCGAGCGGCGCUUUCGGCCUGGUGGGCGCAGGGAGGCGGAGGAGGGGGAAGGAGCGGCGGAGAGCCCGGGGCAGCGGCGCUGACCCUGCGGAACCCCCUCGGUCUGAGCCCCUCGGUCUGAGCCCCUCCGCCUCAGCCUCUCCGCCAUCCCUUCAGCAUCCCGAGCCCGCUGAACCUCGCUCCGCCGUCCCGCAGCUCCGCCCGCCGUUCCAGGGUCCCAGUUCCAUCCAGGAAUGGUGAAUUCAAACUGGGAAUGCUGGAGGGGGGACAAGACCUUCAGAGAGAUGAGGCUUUGUCACUGUUUUGCACAAGAGUGUUGAACACAGCUGUCUCUCCUGGAUUGGCUUUGCCUGGGCUGUGUCCUGCUGGGGUUUAGGACAGAGUGUCACAUCCAAGUCCCCUUGUUGCCUCUCUGCUGACUGGCAGGAUGUGGUGCCAGAGGCUGGCGUGGCUGCUCCGGGGCCGGUGUGGGAGCGCCGGACGUCGCUGGCCGUGGCUGCCCCGGGGCCCUGGGCCCGUCCUGGCUGUCCCUGCACGCUGCCACCCCACGGCCCCAGCGUCCCCCUGCUGUGCCUGGCAGCUGCACCAAGACCAUCUCGAGCUGAGGUACGGCAGCACCGUGAUGCGCCUGGAUUUCGUGUGGCUGCGGGACCACUGCCGCUCCGCCUCCUGCUACAACGCCAAGACCAGCCAGCGCAGCCUGGACACGGCCAGCGUGGACCUGGCCAUCCAGCCCCAGGCCGUGCGGGUGGACGAGACCACACUCUUCCUCACCUGGCCGGAUGGACACGUGACACGGUAUGGGCUGGAGUGGCUGGCGAGGAACAGCUACGAGGGGCAGAAGCAGCAGGUCAUGCACCCCCGGAUCCUCUGGAAUGCUGAGAUCUAUCAGCAAGCCCAGGUCCCCUCCAUCGACUGCCGGAGCUUCCUGGAGACAGACGAGGGUCUGAAGGAAUUCCUGCAGAACUUCUUGUUGUACGGGAUUGCUUUCGUGGAGAAUGUCCCUCCCACCAAAGAAGACACAGAAAUCUUGGCAAAGAGGAUCAGCAUAAUCAGAGAGACCAUUUAUGGCAGGAUGUGGUACUUCACCUCUGACUUCUCCCGGGGAGACACAGCCUACACCAAGCUGGCCCUGGACCGUCACACGGACACCACCUACUUCCAGGAGCCCUGUGGCAUCCAGGUGUUCCACUGCCUGAAGCACGAGGGCACGGGCGGGCGGACGCUGCUGGUGGACGGGUUCCACGCGGCCGAGCAGGUGCUGCACCAGGCCCCAGAGCACUUUGAGCUGCUGGCCAAGGUGCCCCUCAAACACGAGUACGUGGAGAACGUGGGCGGCUGCCACAACCACAUGAUCGGAGUGGGGCCGGUGCUCAACGUCUACCCCUGGAACAACGAGCUUUACCUCAUCAGGUACAACAACUACGACCGUGCCGUGAUCAACACGGUGCCCCAUGACGUGGUGCGCCGCUGGUACCACGCGCACCGCGCCCUCACGGCCGAGCUGCGCCGGCCCCACAACGAGCUCUGGGUCAAGCUGAAGCCAGGCAAGGUCCUGUUUGUGGAUAACUGGCGUGUCCUGCACGGCCGGGAGGCUUUCACCGGGUACCGGCAGCUCUGUGGGUGUUACCUGACGAGGGAUGAUGUGCUGAACACUGCCCGCCUGCUGGGGCUGCAGGCCUAGCCCGGCUUCCAGAGAGCCAGGCAGCCCCAGCCCCACCUCUGGGAGAGGCAGGACCCUCCCAGUGCCACUGCCAGGAGAGGCAGGCAGCCCCCAGACUCAGCUCUGGGAGUUGCUGGCAGCCCCCAGUCCCACUUUUGCCAGCAGCCCCUCAGUGCCAGCCCUGGGAGAGGCAGGAGCCCCCAGCCCCACUCCACACCAGGCCAGCUGGGCUGGUGCCUCCCCAGGUGCUCCAGGCCCUCUGUGCCACUGCAAUACCUCAGGCACCUCCACCCUCUCCAAGCAGCUCCCAGGGCCUGCUCAGGCCAGGGGGCAGGUGGAAACCAAAGGUUGUGGUACCAUUUUUUGGGAUCACGCUCUGCCUUUGAGCACAGGCAGCCCUUGCUGUCCGUGCUCCCAGCCUGGCCCUCCCAGCCAGGGUGGCUCAGUUGUGGUUAAUCCCACCACAGUAAGUGCUCCUCCAAGCAAGUGCCUUCAGGAUUCCCUGUUUGGCCUUUUUUUCCAGCUGCCAGUUUUAGGGGACUUUUAGCAGAGCAGAGUGGAAAUCUCUGGGAUCUUGUCUCUUAUCACUGAUGAAGCAGCCAAGCUGCCCGAGAGAGGGCCUGGAGAGAUCCUGGUGUGCUUUGAGCAUUUCUGAGAAGGUUUAGGUUAGAGAAGGAAAAGGGAAGCACCAAGGAUGUGCAUGGUGUGAAGCAGAGAUCACAAUGUUAGAUGAGGGAUGGAAUUCCCACUUUUCCUGGACUUCCAAGACUGCCAUGCUGCUGUUGCCUCUGCCUGUUGCACUGCACUUCUGUUGAGGGCAAUACUCGCAGCCCCAGGAUUUCUGACGAAUUUCCCACCGUGCCUCCUCUUCCAUCCUUUCUUAAGGAAUUGGUGUUACAUCAUCAUCAUACUCUCUAGUACAUGAAACUCACUCUUUGGGUGUAUUUUUUCCCAAAAUUCUCCUCCUCUGAAUGUAACUCAGAGAUGCCUUUCAGCUCCUGGGAUCUGGCAUGCUGAAGUGCCACAGGGUAAGGCACAAAAGCAAAUCCUGCUGUUGGACAUUUUUCAUUCUGCCAUAUCUUUUGGGGUUUUCCCUCUGCUCUGACCAGACCUUAAAGCAGGGCUGGGCCAAUUCACCCCUGGCUGUGCUGUGUGAGGUGCUCUGUCCUCAGGGCAGGGGCAGUGCAGGUGCACAGGUGCUGAACUUGCUGCUCUUGUUUAAUCCAAACACUGAAUGUAGAGAUCGUGGUGCCAAGACAGUCCUGAAAUCUGCUCUUGCUGUGGGCUGAGCUCCCUGAUGCUCCCAGUGCUCCCUCCCCAGAGCUUCCCAUCCCCAGUGAGCCCCUGGAGUCAGCAGGGAUCAGAGGGAUUUCCAAGCCCAGGCUGGGCAGGUGGUGCCAGGGGCGCUGCCCUCUGUCAGGUGAAGCUCCAGUGGCAGCCUUGGGUCCUGGUAGGACCAAUUUUAAAACUCAGCAGGAAAAUUAAGCCCCCUCCAGCCAACCCCUUUCCAUAGUGGAAAAAAAACACUCUUAAGUUCUGAGUUGGAGUCACAAUUUACUGAAGAAAUCGCAAUAAUCACAAUGAUAUUAAUAAAAGAUUGUAUCAAAUGAGAA